AUCGGCCUGACGUCACUUCGGCAGUCACGAAUUUGGUGUCAGAAUGAAGGCAACUUUGUUUUUCCAGAGACUGGCGGGUGUUUCGGGGGCUCUUGCAGUCAGUGCAGGUGCAUACGGAGCACACGGUUUUCGGAGGAGUGAUCGCGAUGAAUACCUGAAAGAGAUGUUUGAAACGGCCAACAAGUACCACUUCCUUCAUAGCCUGGCACUACUGGGGGCUGCGCGCUGCAGGAAGCCAGUUGUGGCUGGCACCUUGCUGACCUCUGGCAUGGUAAUGUUCUGUGGGUCCUUCUACUACCAUGCAAUCACAGGGGACCCCACGUUCAGCAAGGCUGCGCCCUGGGGGGGGUCGCUGCUCAUUGCAGGCUGGGCAGCAAUUGCCCUCUGACCUCACCCUCACAUUCCAAGAUCCCCUGCACUGAGGGGCAGAGCGAGACAUCCCUAUUCUCUACAGAGAACCGGAUCUACAGUCUAAAACCUAUACCAGAGCAGUCUGGUUUAAAGGAGACCACAUGCUAAAUGAAUAAAGUGUGACCUUUCAAUGAUAGAACUUUGUAUCAUUUUGAGAUGGGGGGAGGGAGCAUUAGGUUUGUUUAUUAAUUCCAUUAAAGGUAAUUCCAGUAAUUUAUUAAAGGAAAGGAAGAGGUUAUUCUGGAAGGAGAGCCUGAUAAUAACAGUAGAGUACACAAACUUGUUUGGUUUGAAUUUAAAUUGAAUUUGAAAGGUGUGAGUUUGUGUUUUAGAGAGGAGGCAUUAAGCACUCUUUAGUCUGUUGAUUAAAGGCUUCAAUAAUAUAAAAAGGAAUAGGCUGUGAAUAACUGGAAAUGUGACGGUAAGUGUCAGCCAGAUUAACAUUAGCUUUGUAGUGCAGUUGCUGCUGUUUCUUAUCGUGGAGCGAUACAUGAUGGAUCUCCUGAAGUAUAAUUAUCCACAGAUCUUGUGCUUAAACAUCACAUGAACCUGAAUGGCCAUGGCCCAUUCAAAUCUUUAUACGCUCAUAAUACAAACCUUGAAAAGCAAGUGCUGUGUUGGGGGACUGUGUUGUUAAUAUUGAUUUUAAUGUAAUCUGCUCAUCACACAGUUUUAUUUUCUUAAAGGCUUUGGCGAGUGUUGGGAUGAUGUCUGUAGUGUGAUUGGCCUGACUUUAACACCUGGCUGCCAGGCAGACAGUAUUGAUUUCAAUCCAGUCAGCAGUGAUAUUUAAGCAUUGUACAGCUGGGUACUUAUUUCCUCUAAGUCUGUCUGGUUUUGGUGCACUGCUUCUUUUCCUUUGUUUUAUUUGUGAGCAGAUUGUAAUUGAAUUUACCAUAAUUUCGGAUUAGAUUCAUGGCUGUAAAGAACACAAAGAACUAAUCCUGAACACUAUUUUGUGAGGUUUUGUUAAUCUCUGUAAUAAAUUCAGGCUCGCUCUUUGAAACUUCACUAAACUUGGUUGAAACACUACUGAUCAGUGAAGUUGUUUUUGCAGGCUGCUGGUAGGAUAUUAUUAUUAUGGUGAUCAGUACUGUCAGUGUAUUAUUUGCUGCCUAUCCCACAUCUCAAUGUGAAUUUAAAGUCCAUCAUUUUGACUUUCUAAGACCAUAAAUAUAUUUUUUAAAUGCAUGUUCUGGCAUGUUUGGCCUUCUGAUGGUGUAUUUGAUUUUUAAGGGUUUUUUUUCUGCUCUGCUAUCAUCAAUGCAGCUGUGUUUCAAAUAAUUGAGAUGCAUGAAUCUGAAUUCAUAUCCUCCACUUAAGGAGACCACUUUUAAUUCUAUAUUUUGUGAUUCUUAUUUUCCAGAGCUACUGUCAAAUAAAGUGAUUUAAACUUUGA